AUGGAGGAGUUUGCUUCUCAGGCUGACUUAGAGAUUCCAGAGCCAGAGAUCCUAGAGACUGACCCAGCUACUCAGGAGGACGUUGUGGAGGCUACUCCCGACACGACUCCACAGCCAUUACCAGUGACCACACCUCUGAAAGGUGAUAUCUUGCCAUGGAGGGCUAAGCCCCCUCAGUUGGGGAAUCCUGCUGGGAACUUAAUAGAAGACUUGUUUAAACAAAGAUGGCAAGAUCAUAGAAGACAAAUCACAAGUGCACCUUCAACUUCUUUUUCUUCUUUGGCUUUCUAUGUUGGUAACAACACCAACAAUUGUAGUAACAAAUUCAAAGGGCUCCUUGGGCUUAAGGAUGAUGAUCUUGGCUCCACUGUGGUUCUUGUAGUGACAAUAAUGCUAGAGGGUUGUUCCAUCUACCAGCGCAUCAGCCUCCAUAACCAUGGUAGUUACCAAAGCCUCAAGGCCAUAAGUCAAAUGUUUAUGAAUGAUGAUGAUGAUGAUGAUGGAGACAGUACUAGUGAUGAUGAUCUUGACCACUCUAAUGCCAUUCUUGGUCACCUUAUUGCAUAUGAGGACAUGGAGAACAAUCUUCUUCUAGCUGGCGACCUUAGUUGGAAGGACUUUGUACAUGUAGUAAAGAGAAUUGAUAUACUUCCGAUCAAGGGGAAUUCAAAAAAAAGUACAAGAGGGGCAUACAUGAUGAUCAUCACUUGCAUAAUAUGGUAUGAGGAAGUUUUGUUCAUGUAAAAGAAGUAGAAACUAAUCAAAUAAUUUGAAUGGAGGGUAGAAAUUAAUGUGUUUGAGAUAGUCAGGAAUAUGAGCCAUAACGACGUUAACAAAA